AUGACAAUCAAUAAGUUGCAAGGGCAAACGAUGUCCGUUUGCGGCUUAGAUUUGGGCACACCAUGUUUUUCAUAUGGACAAUUAUACGUGGCAUGUUCUCGAGGUUCAAAAAUUUUAAUUUGCCUUCUGGCAUUGGCAGCGCUAGCGGCUCAAGCACCUUCUGUUAGUGGCGCCAAAAUACUUGCAGUCCACAUAUUUCCGGGAAGAAGUCACUAUCAGAUGCAUCGACCUAUGAUUAGCGAGUUGGUGAAACAUGGCCAUCAGGUCACCAUGAUCACCGGGCUAACACUAGAGCCACUCAAACUGGGCAGCAACUACACUGAGAUACUCAUUGAGCCGGAAUACGAUAUCUGGAAGCUUGUUAGUGAAAUAACCGGAUCAAAAUCGAACGUAGAACUUGAAACUAGAUUAUCACUGUUUUUUAAAGUAAUGAAGUCUAUGGCGGUUGAGACUAGCGAACAUGCGCUAAAACAACCGAAGGUACAGGCUAUUAUUAAUGCCAAACAAACUGAGGGUGUCUUCGAUUUGCUGUUAGUGGAACAGUUACAACAAGAAGUUUUUCUUGCCUUGGCUCACGUCUAUAAAGUCCCCGUUGUCAGCUUAGUUACAUUUGCGAAGACAACCUACAUGAGUCAGAUGUUCGGCGUAAUUUCUCCUUGGUCAUACGUGCCCAUGGGACUCCUUCAAUUCACAGAGCGUAUGAGCUUUUGGGAACGCGCUGAAAAUGCCCUUGAUGCACUUCGCGUCGAUUUGGAUCGUGAGUUUGUAUAUUUUCCAGUAAUUGAUAAACUUGUGGAGAAAUACUUUGGGCAUUUACCAAUUAAGUUCCCCAGUACUUCUGCUAUGGAAAAGAAUCUAUCUGCUAUGUUCGUCAAUAACUACACGCCCUUAGCGGCCGCUGCUCCAACAAUGGAUAACAUGGUUAACAUCGGCGGCAUACAUAUCUCUCCACCGAAGCCACUACCAACUGAUUUGCAGACAUUUUUGGAUGAGGCUGAGUAUGGUGUCAUUUAUUUUAGUUUUGGUACACAAGUUAAGACCAAGGACAUCCCAUUGGAAAAGCUACAGAUAUUUAUUGAUGUCUUUCGCCAGUUGAAACAACGAGUGUUAUGGAAAUUCGAUAAUGACAGCUUUCCAAAUUUACCCGCCAAUGUAAUGAUUAAAAAGUGGUUGCCACAAAACGAUAUCUUGGCACACCCUAAUGUGCGUACUUUUCUCUCACACGGAGGGCUUUUCGGCUUGCAAGAAGCCGUUUAUCAUGGUGUGCCCUUGUUGGGUAUGCCGUUCUUCUUCGAUCAGCGCACAAAUCUGAAUAAAGCUCAGUCUGCUGGAUAUGCCAUUACUAUGGAUUUUCGAACGUUUACGCAUAAAUCUUUAACGCAGGGUCUGGAGGAGGUGCUCUAUAAUCCGAAAUAUCGUGAUACUGCCAAACGGUUCUCGCGCAUUUUCCGCGAUCGCCCAGCAAGUCCGCGUGAGACGUUUCUCUAUUGGAUCGACUAUGUGAUACGCCACAAUGGAGCGCGUCACUUGCGCGCUGCUGGCAUGGAUUUGAAGUGGUACCAAUUCUAUUUGCUCGAUGUUGCAGCACUGGUAGUGGCUGCUGUGCUAGUGGCAGUUGGCGUUUCGGUUCUGGCACUGCGUUGGCUUUUAAAAAGGAUUAAGGGUGCAAAUAGUAAGCAAAAAGUAUCAUAA